GGCUGCGGCUGCCCACGCGGCUCACCAUGGGCUCCGGGCGCCGGGUGCUGUCCGCGGUGCCGGCAGUGCUGCUGGUCCUCACGCUGCCGGGAUUGCCUGUCUGGGCACAGAACGACACGGAGCCCAUCGUGCUGGAGGGCAAGUGUCUGGUGGUGUGCGACUCGAACCCGGCCACAGACUCCAAGGGCUCCUCUUCCUCCCCGCUGGGGAUAUCGGUCCGGGCGGCCAACUCCAAGGUCGCCUUCUCGGCGGUGCGGAGCACCAACCACGAGCCAUCCGAGAUGAGCAACAAAACGCGCAUCAUUUACUUCGAUCAGAUCCUGGUGAAUGUGGGUAAUUUUUUCACAUUGGAGUCUGUCUUUGUAGCACCGAGAAAAGGAAUUUAUAGUUUCAGUUUUCACGUGAUUAAAGUCUACCAGAGCCAAACUAUCCAGGUUAACCUGAUGUUAAAUGGAAAACCAGUAAUAUCUGCUUUUGCGGGGGACAAAGAUGUUACUCGUGAAGCUGCCACUAAUGGAGUCCUACUCUACCUAGAUAAAGAGGAUAAGGUUUACCUAAAACUGGAGAAAGGUAAUUUGGUUGGAGGCUGGCAGUAUUCCACGUUUUCUGGCUUUCUGGUGUUCCCCCUAUAGGAUUCAAUUUCUCCGUGAUGUCUAUCCAGGUGAGGGAUGACCCACUCCUGAGUUAUUGGAAGAUUAUUUUUUUCAUCAUUGGAUCGAUGUCUUUUAUUGGUUUCUCAUGGGUUGAUAUGGAUUCUAAGGAUUCUAGGCCUGUCUGAACCAAUACAAAGUUUCACAGAUUAUUUGUGUGUGUGUGUUUCAGUAUAUUUGGAUUGGGAUCCUAAGCAGAUAAUACCUAUGCUUAAAUGUAACAGUCAAAAGCUGUCUGCAAGAUUUAUUCUGAAUUUAAUUUCCUGGGAUUACUGAAUGCGUUACAGAUGUGGAAUUUCAUUUGUUUGGUUUCGAAGGACUGGCAACUGGGUCCAAGCAUUAGAAAACUCUAAAGUUCUGACUUUGAUCAACGGUUAGUGUGAUACUGCCAAAGAACUGUAUACUGUGUUAAUAUAUUGAUUAUAUUUGUUUUAUUCCUUUGGAAUUAGUUUGUUUGAUUCUCGUAAAAAACUGGGAUUUGUUUUCGGUAACUGGCAUUGUGUUUUCUCUAAAAAUCAGGUAAUGAAUGGCUUGCCCACAAAUGUACCUUGACUAUGAUAUCAUCGACAUGACUUUUCUCAAAGAAAGAAUGCCUCAUAGUUGUAUUUUAAUUAUAUAUGUGAAAGAGUCAUAUUUUCCAAAUUAUAUUUUCUAAUAGGAAGAAUAGAUCAUAAAUCUGACAAGGAAAAAGUUGCUUACCCGAAAUCUAAGUGUUCAAUCCCCAAGCCUCGGCAAAACAGCUCCGCUCUGAGGGAAAUCUCAUACUUUAUUGCUCAACUGUAAUUAACAUGAUUAAUAAUAACCACUUUAUUAAAAACCUAAGGUUUUUUUUUCCUUAGACAUGACCACUUUAUUAACUGGUGGUGGGAUGCUGUUGUUUCUAAUUAUACCUAUUUUUCAAGCCUUCUGUUGUAUUUGAAGUAUCAUCUGGUUUUGCCUUAACUCUUUAAAUUGUAUAUAUUUAUCUGUUUAGCUAAUAUUAAAUUCAAAUAUUCCAUAUCUAAACUUAGUGCAAUAUCUUAUUUUGUCUUUUGUAUAGGUCAUAUGAAUUCAUAAAAUUAUUUAUGUCUGUUAUAGAAUAAAGAUUAAUAUAUGUUAGUUGAAUUGUUUUUUUCUUUCUGUUUUGGAAAUAUGUAUUCUAUGUUAUUUAUUUCCUCUGACUUUGCCUCUGCCUAACCCUUUCUUCCUUCUUCAUUCCUUUUUUCUUUCUUUCUCCCUUCUUUCCUUCUGUCAUCCUUUGAUCCUCUCAUUUCUUUUUUCCUGAAGUUUAAGAAAAGCUUUCUGAAUUUUUAGGUAAUGUCCUCUGAGCUGAUAUAGGAAAUCUUUACUGUGUUUAAUUUGUCCAAAUGUAGGAAUUGCAAGCUUGCCAAAAGAGAAUCAAUGAACUUAGUAAACUCUUCUUUUGGAAGGGCUGAUUGUUUAAAAGUUAAGUUUAAAAGAUCCCCUAAAAUAUUCAUACAUCUGCUCAGUGUAUGAAUGAGUGGUGAUGAGUUUAAAGACCAAUAUUUUCAUACUGAAGACUUUGAGGAAAAGUUCUGCCCUUUUUUCAACAUUAAAAGACAAACAGGAGACCACAGGCCUCUUCUUAGGAAGAAUUACUAUGACACCUGCCUUGUUUGGAGAUUUGGCUCAAUUUCCCAGUCUUUAGUCCAUAAAAACAAUUUUUGGUGGGGCAGUGCGGGGGGCUUUUGUACCUAGUAGCAACAAGCAAGGAGACACAUACAGGCACGUCUUCCAGUAUAAUUGUGUUAAUUGCCAAGUCAAACUAUUUAUGCAUCACUGGGAAGACUCUCCUCUUUCCCUGAAAAGAAUUAUCUGGAGAUGCUGGCAACGGAUGCUCAAUGUUUUACUUGGCAAGUUGUCUUCUGCUGGCUUCAUGUCAAAAACCUUUCCUUCUUUGUGAUUUUGUAAUGUAAAAAAAAAUAUUGUGCAGAGAGAACAAAUAAAGGGGGCAUUUUCUAAA